AUGCUCUACCCGUCACGACCAGUGCUGCGAGUGCUAGUCCCACUCGUCCUCCUCGGCUCGAUCCUCGGCAUUCUCUCACUCCGAGCCCCCCUGCGCCAGCGAACACCGUACGCCGAGGAGUGGGCUGAGGAGCAAAAGGCAUCGGAGGGUGCAGAUCCGGAGGGACGUUAUGUCCUAUCGCAUGCUGCAGCAGUUCAUAUUGAACUACCACCUGGCCUUCGAGUCGAACCGCUCACUGGUAUACCAGAGCCUGCCCGUGGAGGUGGAGGAAGACACGUCCCAGUGGUUCCCAACGCCGCGGGUGACGGAGGUGCCCAUAUCGGCGUACAUCGGAUCGGUCGUGUCUGGCUUCGAGGCGCUGUCCGGUCGACCAAGGGCUGUUUCUAUCGCAAGGUGUGCUCCAAGGAAGAGGAGGCCGUGUACCGUGUCUCGAUGACGACGAAGGACGGAAAUGUGAUUGCCACUGGAGGGGGAGUCGCGACGUCGUACACGCAUGCCGAGCUCAUGAAUGUGACGGCGCGAUGUCUGCGUGUGCAGGGCGAGAUCUUUGAUCAUAAAUACCUCAAGACGUUGCACUCGCUUUCGCUGGCCCCAGUGCUGAUCGAGCACCCGACGCUGCGGUACUUUACAUUCGCGCGCAGCGUGCUGUCGCUCGUGAACGACAUGAUGCCGACGCUCGCAAAGGCGUACCCGAAGUACAACCUGGACCUGCAUGCGACGGCAAAGGGAGUGCAGAAGAUGGACACGUUCAAGCACAUCCUCGUCCUGCACCUCGAGCAUGGCGAGCGGUGGCUUGAGCGAUGUACGCAAGCGGGACUAGCGAACGAACCAUUCCUCGGUUUCAACCGCCUUCCCUCGCACCCCGGCAACGAGAACAUGCCCCCUCCGCCAGAGACAGUUGAAGCGACCCGUCUGGGCGUGUACGUCGCCAAGUGUCGGCCAGACUACACAGCGAUCGUGCACCGUGCCCGGCGGAUGCGGAAGAACCAUCCCCUGCUGAGGACGAUCUACCUCGUCCCGAAUCCCGCGGGCGAGUCCAGCUGGGUCGAAGACGUCCGGCGAUGGCUUCUCAGCGACGCCUGGAACGAGGUGUACGCCGGCGCAGGCGACUUUGGCAUCGAUGGCAUCGAGCGAGCAGGCGUCGACAUGGAGAUUGCGAGGCGCGCGGGCGUCUUCGUGGGCAACGGGCUUCCAAUUGCUCUGUACAAACGUGCCGGACGUGCCGAGCACAGACAGCGGGACCAGGGACGCGAGCUUCCGAGGCCCCGAGGCCGUAGUGGGUCACCUGUCACCGGUACAAGAGAGACUCACCGGAUGCUCGUGUUUGCGUAUCUGAUUGCAAGCACGGUCACCUGGCCUAGUAUCUGCAUUGACUGCUGUGGACCAGCUCUAGACUCCAGAACUCCAGAUUUGCCUCCCGACGACCUAAGCUCCCGGCAUGACGAGAGCGGCGGGAUGCAGAUUUUCGCCGUUAUGUAA